AUGGUUAUUCCUAAUGUCAGCUCCUUUGAUGGAUUUUUCCUGUUGGGCUUCUCUGAGCAACCUCUGUUAAAGAUGACCCUUUUUGUUAUCAUCCUGUUUUUCUACUUGUUGACUCUGCUUGGCAAUAUUGCCAUUAUUAUAUUGGCUCAUCUGGAUCCCCGGCUCCACACCCCAAUGUAUUUUUUCUUCACUCACUUGUCUUUAAUGGAUCUCUGCUACACCACCAGCACAGUUCCCCAGCUGCUGUUUAACCUGCAGGGUCCAGAAAAGACAAUAACCUAUGGAGGCUGUGUUGGUCAGCUGUAUGUGUCCUUGGCAAUGGGUUCCACAGAAUGCAUUCUCCUUGCAGUCAUGGCUGUUGACUGCUAUGUGACAGUAUGCUGGCCUUUGCACUACACCGUUCUCAUGCAUCCAUGCAUCAGUUGGCGAAUGGUGGCCAUAACCUGGCUGACCGGCUUUGUUAGCUCACUGGUGCAGACUGUGCUCAUCACACAGGUUCCUCUUUGUGGAAGGAAUGUUAUAGACCAUAUCUUCUGUGAAGUACCAGUUCUCCUCAAACUUGCUUGUGUGGAUACCACAUUUAAUCAGAUGGAACUCUUCCUGGCUAUGUGGAAGAUCCAGUCGCAUGAAGGCCGCCAAAAGGCCCUUGGGACUUGCUCUUCACAUCUGGUGGUGGUGUUUCUCUUGUAUGGCACUGCUAUGGCCACUUAUCUGCAGCCCACUGCAGCCACCUCCCAGGACCAGGACAAGUUCAUGGCCUUGCUCUAUGGAAUUGUCACUCCAACUCUAAAUCCUUUCAUCUACACAUUACAUAAUAAAGACAUCAAAGGGGCACUGAGGAAGAUGAUAGGGAAAGAUUAA